AUGAAGUCUUCCACUGUUGUCAUGCUGGCUUCAGCCGCUGUUGGCCAGGCCAUUCAGCAGUGCUCCGGCACCGCCAAGGAGGAGGGCGGCAACUGGUGGUGCGGUGCUGUUGACCAGAUCCUAUACUCUAACGUUGGCCACCCGGGCACUUACAAGGCCGUCAACUACAUGGGCGGAGACGGAUCCUGCACCUUUGAGGACGUUGCCUUUUCCGGCCCUCUGGCCCCUUUCAACGAGGAGCUUGUCCCCGUCUUCCGUGGUCCCAUGAACCUGAAGCAGGUCGCCGUCUACAACCUGUCUCCCAAGACCAAGCGGUCGCCCACUGUUUCUCACGCUCAUGCCCGCCGCCACGGCCACCAUGGCCACCAGCACUUGCACAAGAAGCAUGCCGAGGAGGAGCACGUCGAGGAGAAGCGUGACGACGUCUGGGUCACCGCAACCAUUGACGGCAUUGUUCAGUCUUGGAUCAACACCUGGCACGGCCCCACCCCUGAGGUUGCUGCUCCUGCCAACACUCCCGCUGUCCCUCCUGUCGCGUCCCCCAGCCCCACUCCCACCCCGGCCCAGCCUGCUUUCGUCGCCGCCGCUGUCCCCCAGCCUGCGAGCUCCAAGGCUUCCAGCUCCAAGGCUGCCGGCUCCAAGGCUGCCGGCUCCACCUCGGGCACUGUUACUGGCGACUACACCCGCGUUGCUUACUACAAUGCUGAUAAGGCUGUCGCUGAUGGCAUCGUCUUCCUCGGCAACUACGGUGGCCAGGGCUCCGGCAAGUUCGACAACCUCAAGCUCUCCAUCUCUGUGCAGCGUCUGACCGGAAACAGCGUCUUCGGUAACUCUCUGUCGUACCUCAACUCCGACGCUACUGGCGGUGCCGCUUCACCCCAGGUCCUGAACCCUGUCACCCUCAAGUCCAACCAGGAGUUCCUCAUUGCCAGUGACAAGUCUUGUGACGAUGGAGGCUGCGGCUACUCGCGCCCCGGCUCCGUUGCUUACCACGGCUUUAAGGGUGAGGAUUCGGUCUGGCUCUUUGAGCUGAACAUGCCCCUCGACGGCACCACGGGUUUCAACGCAGACAUGUCCGCGCUCUGGUUCCUCAACGCCCGCAUUCCUCGCACUGCCCAGUACAACAAAUGCUCCUGCUGGCCCGACUGCGGUGAACUCGACAUCCUCGAGGUCCUUGCCCCUGGCGACACCAAGUGCAAGUCCACCUUCCACUCCAACGUUCCUGGCGGCUCUUCCGACUACUUCGACCGUCCCACUGGUGCGCCCAUUAAGGUCGCGGUCGUCCUCGACGGUGACUCUGGCCAGGUCUCUGUCAAGGUUCUCAGCGACGACGUCGACUUCUCCACUGGUCUCUCCCGUUCGCAAGUGGAGAGCUGGCUCUCUGCUGAUUCCUUUUCGACUGCUAGCACUGGCGGCAAGUCUAACAGGGUCAGCUUGUUUGCUCUGUCGUCUUAA